CUUUGCUUCACAAAUACAAUUUCAUCACUCAAAUGACAAUGCAAACUUUUUUUGUAAAUAUUUUGAUUUGCUAAGCAAAUGCUCAAAUAUUUUCUGCGUGCAAUUUAUUUUUAAAUGGUUGAUUUUCCUUUCGUUUAUGUAAUCGAAUUUACACAUAAUUUAGAUUGAUUUUUUUUUAAUCAAAAGGAUAAGAAACAAUGUCAAGUUCACCGGCAAAACACAAAUCCAGCCACCACCACCAUCAUCAUCAUCAUCGUGACCACCAACAUCCGUCAAGUUCGUCUGGUCACAGUUCAUCAAAGUCGAUGUUGAAUUUAUCGUCGUACAUUAAAAUUCAAGAUAGCUCAAAAGUUUUGCCGCGUUACAGUGUUGCUUUGAGUAAGCCGCACGAUGAAUGUUUGCCCAUGGAUGAAUUGGAUGGCAUUCAAACAGAGUUGGAGACUCUUUUGUCAUCGGUGGCCACGCGAUACCGUACAUUAAAGUCGGAAUAUGAUUCUCUGGAAGAUCGAAAGUAUCAAAAGAAAAGUUCGGACAAGGAAAAAGAGAAAUUGAGUUUGCCCAGCACAAGUGGCAAACGGAAGCGAGAAGAGAAAAAAUCAUCGUCGAAAGAAUCCAGUCGACACAUUCAUGCAAAACAUGCGAAAACCAAAAAUACUUCAUCGCAUUUGCCGGCACAUGGUGAACAUAGCCGAAGCACUGAUGCGUUGCCGCAUUCAAAUCCGAGUGCUGGUCACAGUCAUCCGCAUAUGAAUCCGAAACCAACGUUACUCAAAAACGAUGUACCAUACAAAUUUUGGCUAUCAGUCGAACCUUACUGCAUUCCAAUCACACAGGAAGACAUUAAACUAUUGGAUGAUUUAAUUGAUGAAUAUUCAGAGCCAUUGGUGCCUUCAAUUCCUGAUUUGGGACCGCAUUAUACAGUCCGAUGGGCAGCUGAAGAUUUGCGCAACGAACAAGCCAAUUCGAAUGCUAACGUUAAACCGAGUAAACGUAAAAAUUCUACAUCCACUGAUGUAACCGAUUCACCAAAGAAAUCGAAUGAAAAAUUGCUGGAUCAAGGUGUGUGUGGUUCGUUGACGCAGAGAUUGGUGUCGGCAUUGUUGGAAGACAAUGAAGAGGUUCAAUGUGAAUUACCGUCCACCGAUGCAACUAGUCAAGAUGAAAAUCAUACCGAAACCAAUUUAACAGCAACACCUCAAAAACAAAGCACGCCGGUCACUUCUUUGCUAAAGAGUGGCAUCGAUGUGGAAAAUCGAUUGAAGAAGGAACUACUUGAUUUGGGCAUUUUGGAACCAAGCGACUUUGAAAAUAAAGACGAUGAAGUACUCAAUGAAAUCAAUCGUGUUCGAAAUGAACUGGAGGCCAUUGCCGAAUUUAAUCGCGAUGAAUUGAAAUUAUUGAAAACAGCAGCCAAAGGGGAAAUGAAGCGUCAAGAAAUCAAACGCAAAAUUGACCGAAUUGACAAAGAGAUCAUUGAUGCACAUAAACGGGUACUUGCUGCCAAACAAAAACGACGACCACUUUCAAAGCAUGAACGCACCGAUAUUUAUCGGCUGGUCGAGGAACAAAAGCGACUCUCAGAUCUGUUGGAAUCAAUGCCAAUACCAGGUUUCAAUUAUUUAGUUCAUCCCACCGAUGCGACAUCAUCAACGAAAACAGAAACUGCCUCGAACACAUCAAAAUCUUAAGACACAAUUUGCCUUAUAUGAAUAUCAAAAGAUAUAUGACUGCAAUCAAUAUAUAAAUACUUUAGAAUGAAGUCAAUUUUUCGAUGCAAUAUUUUUCUUUGAUUGAUUAUUAACCAUUUUUGCAGAGAACUUAUUAUUUACAAAAAAUUCGUUAUUUGUUGAAUUUUUGAAAUUUUAAACUAUAAAGUUAAUUAUACAAAAGACAUAAAAAUGCUUUGAAUUUGUUUGAGUUUUUAAACAAAAACUAACAAUAAAUUACGUUCGAAGGAAAUGAGAUUUAAUUUGAAGAAAAUAAUAAAAGACAUUUGAAAUGAGA